AUGCUAAAUAAUAAUGGUUUUAAUGGAGGAAUAAGUCAGAUGAAAACAUUCCAAGGGGGUGGAAACCUCCAGGGAAGUAGCCAAUUUCAGGGUGGUGGCCAAUUUCAGGGUGGCAAUACCACCUUCGCAGGUAUCGGAAAUAAUGAACAACAGCCACAUAUCUAUGGAGAACAUCAAAAUGGUAAUAGCAGUUUUUAUGGAGUGAAAACCCUGAACACAGCAAUUACCUAUAAUCAGGGAUUCUCAGACAAGAACAUGAUGUAUGGAAAUAACUCCUUCGGAAGGAUCAACACUGAAAUGAUGGAACAAAACCCUAACCUUUAUCUGACAAAGAAUACUAUGGGGAAUAGUAGCACCAUAGGAAAUAGUGAUGCACAGAAUAGUGCCCCUCGAAACAACGUUGUGCUGAACAAUGCUGUGGGAUAUGGAGAUUACCAAAACAGUAAUAAUAGUUUACAUUUUUAUAACAAAGACCAAAGUAGUACUAAUUAUAAUAAUGAAACACUAUUUACCCAGGUUAAACAAAAUGUAUCCAUAUUUGGAAACAAGUCAAAAAAUAAUUCCCCCCUUUUUGGCAAUAAUUUAAAAAGCGAAAAUAAAAAUGCAACAUGCAAUUUUAGGUUCUACGACUUUGUAAGUCAUGAUAAAUCAAUAUUUGGAAAUAGAUUAAAAGAUGGAAAACCACUCUUCAUGAAUAAUAAAAAUGUAAAUAAGCAGUUAACACCAUCUGCUAAUGAACAACAUGGCAAUAAUUAUUUACUAAAUAAUAAUAAUAUAAAUAAUUUAGUAGGGUCCAAAAGUGAAAAAAAUUACAUGAAUUAUAACAACGAUUUGAAAAAUGAUUCUUCGUAUGGGUUUAACACAUCCAACGAAAUUAUACCAAAAUCUGUUAUCAUGAAUAGAAAUAAUAAUAUUAAUAUUGGGGUAAACCUACCUCAAAAUCAAGUGUUCGGAAAUACCUAUAACCAAAAUAGUAACAACUUAUGUAGUAAUAUAAACACAAUUCCAAGUGCACAAGAUGAUUCUACGUUUAUAGUUGGGGCCAAUAAUGAACUCAACUCAACCAAUUUCAUUUACAACAAUAACUUUAAUCCUAUAUCUGAAAAUAUGCAGAACGAACAGUACCACAUGUAUAACAGGAACAUUGUCACUGGAAGAGAUCCAAUGAAUCAUAAUUUUUCUCCAUUCCAUAAUGCUGGAGUAGACGGAUCUACUAUCAAUACACAUGAUAAUUUAUCAUACGGUAAUCCGAUGAUAAGUAGUAAUCAUAACAUGUUAAGAUAUUCAAACGUUUUACCAAAAGGUAAUUAUCUCCCCCCAAACGAGAACACCCAAAUGAUCGGUGCUAAUGUUGCUAUAAAUAGCACCACUCAUAUUCCCUCUGGUGCAGACACUCUUAUGAACGACUUUUCUAUGAACAACGCUAUGCAUGGCAUAGGAUUUGUUGGUACCCAAAUGAAUUUAAAUAAAAACGAUAUUUACUACAACAGUAAGGGAAAUAUGGAAAAUCAACAAAAUAUAAAUUUCGGAAAUAAUAACCCCAAGUUAGAGGGACAAAUAAACACAGGAGAUAGAAACAUAUUCGUGAACAACGCUGCUCAUUAUGAGACGAAUGAAAAUUUGUUAAUGGAAAACACACAAUCAAAUGAUGCUUUAAGAAAUCAUUGCAAAGAAAUGGUUUACUCAAGUCAUCUCCAACAAGAUGCUAGUAAUAGUAGUAAUAAUAAUAAUAAUAAUAAUAACAAAGAGAAUGAAAUUUUUUUUACAAAUGAAAAUGAAAUAAUGUUUGAAAAAAAAUACGUAAAAGAGCAUGGAAACGAAGAAAAUGAAAAAGAAAAUACCCAAAUAAACAAAAAAAAAAAAAUUAUGUUUUUUAAUAAAGAUUUUAUAAAAUCUUUAGAAUUAAUAACAAAUCAUAAUUUAAAUAGUUACAAUGAAAAUAGAUCCACCAUAUACUCAUUUCCUAGUACUUUGUCAUCCAAUAAUGCUGCUUUUUAUAUGCAAGCGGUUGACGAAUGUAAGAAAGGGGAAAGAUUUGACGUUGACGUGGAAUUAUAUAAUAAAAUUUUUACCAAAAAUAGGGCAGAACAAACAUUUUCUGUUUUAAAAAAUAUAAAUGUUAAUAAAAAAAUAAAUGAACAAGACAUUGCUCUCGAUAUUUAUUACCCACUUUUACAUGUAGAAAAAAUAAAAUUUAGGCAAUCCAUCACUCCAGAAUAUUUGUAUAAACCUAUCAAUGCCCCUUUUGAGUUGGGACAAAUUCCGACCAUUAUUUGA